UCGUAUUUCAUCGGCUGUGAGGACGCGCAGGCUGAAGAAAGGAAGCUCUUGUGGAAACUUGAGGACAUGCGGCGGCGUCUUCUGCAAACUUUCCGCAAACCGACCUCUCAGAGAGCAGACGGAGGAGCCCGAGUGUGAAGACAUGAACUGAGCCGCGGCGGAGAGAAAGAGCGCAGCCGUUCACUCCCAUUGAUCCCCGAUCGAGGAUUUCGGUGUAACGAUGCGGGACGCCGCCGUGGGUCUUACCGUGCUGGGCGCUCUCCUCGGCCUCGGCUGCCUUUCAGCUCAUCAGCAUGAAUCCAACCAGACGCAGAGUGAGAGGAAAGCUGCGCAGAGGAAGAGGAACCAGCCGCACAUCGUCUUCAUUCUCAUCGACGAUCAGGGCUUCAACGACAUCGGCUACCACAACCCCACCAUCAAGACCCCCACCCUGGACAAGCUGGCGGCGGAAGGCGUGAAACUGGAAAACUAUUACGUUCAGCCCAUCUGCACGCCGUCACGCAGCCAGCUCCUCACCGGCAGGUAUCAGAUCCACACGGGAUUACAGCACUCCAUCAUCAGGCCCAGCCAGCCCAGCUGUUUGCCCUCACACAUGGACACGCUGCCCGAGAGGCUCCGCGAGGCCGGAUACUCCACGCACAUGGUGGGCAAGUGGCACCUGGGCUUCUACAGGAAGGCUUGUCUGCCCACCCGGAAAGGUUUUGACUCUUUCUUCGGUUCUUUAACAGGCAGUGUGGAUUACUACAGUUACGGAUCGUGUGACGGCCCCGGGGUGUGUGGGUACGAUCUCCACGACGACGAGGAAGUGGCGUGGGGUCAGGAGGGGAAAUACUCCACCACGCUGUUCACACAGCGAGCUCGCAAGAUCCUGGAGAGCCACGACCCCAACGGCAGGCCGCUCUUCCUGCUCCUCUCCCUCCAGGCGGUGCACACUCCUCUACAGCCCCCCAAGUCCUACAUCUACCCCUACCGGGACAUGGCCAACGUCGCCAGGAGAAAGUUUGCCGCCAUGGUUUCUACCGUCGACGAGGCGGUCCGGAACGUCACCUACGCCCUCAGGAAGUACGGCUACUACCGGAACAGCGUGAUGAUCUACUCUACGGACAACGGAGCGCAGCCGUUCACCGGCGGCAGCAACUGGCCGCUCCGAGGCCGCAAGGGUACGUACUGGGAGGGAGGAGUCCGCGGUGUGGCGUUCGUGCACAGUCCGCUGCUGAAACGGAGGAAACGCGUCUCCAAGGAUCUUCUCCACAUCACAGACUGGUUCCCCACUCUUGUGGGCCUGGCCGGAGGAAACAUCAGCCAGAGCCGAGGUCUGGACGGUUUUGACGUUUGGCCCACCAUCAGCGAGGGGAGGGAGUCGCCUCGACGGGAGAUCCUGCACAACAUCGACCCUCUGCACAAAUCUAGUAAAGCCAAGGCCUGGGACGCCAGCGCGGGGGAUGCCUCAGUGAGCCCCUCGAAGGACACCGCAUUUAAGAAACCCAAGAAGAAGAAGCAGAAGAAGAAGAAGAAGGUCCUGAAGUUGCAGCCAAUGCAAAAGUCCUCAUUUAAGUUGAAGACCACCAAGAAACCUCAGACUUUCCCCUUCCGUGUCGCAAAGCCGAAAUCCAAACCUGUUCCCAAAGCAAAGCUUGCGCCCCUCCCCAAGUCAAAGCCCACGUCUAAAACCAAGAGCAAGGCUGGCAAAGCACAGCCAGAGGUCCGCUCCAGUGGUCCUCCGCCGUCCUCCGGAGCAGCUCGCCUCAGGUCUCAACCUCAGAUCCAGUCCCGUCUGAAGGCUAAAACCAGGCGAAACAUCUUUCAGAAGCAGAAGUCAAAACCGCCAAAAUCGAAGAAGCAGCUCAAACGACACCAGAAGUCCAAAUCCAGGCGAAACUUGUCCCAGUACCAGAACAUAACCCAACCAACAACUGUACCGGCCAAACCCGAGCCGGUCGCCCAGUCCCUGUGGGACACGACUGUCCAGGCCGCCAUCAGGGUCGGAGACUGGAAGCUGCUGACGGGAGAUCCGGGCCACGGGGACUGGGUCCCCCCUCAGAUGCUCCCCACUCUUCCCGGUCGCUGGUGGAACCUGGAGCGCUCCUCGCUGCUGCCCUCCAAAUCCGCCGCGCACAAGAACAUCUGGCUGUUCAACAUCAGCGGCGACCCGUACGAGCGGCACGACCUGGCGGACCAGAGGCCCGACGUGGUCCAGCAGCUCCUGGCCCGGCUGGCCUACUACAACCAGACGGCCGUGCCCGUCUACUUCCCGCCCGACGACCCCCGGGCCGACCCCAGCCGGCACGACGGCGCCUGGGUGCCCUGGGCGGACGAGGAGCAGGACGAGGAGGGCAAAUACCGAGGGGUGUACAAGAAGAGCAAGAACAGCAAGAAGAAGAAGAAGAAGAAGAAGUGCCGGCUGUGCAAGCUGAGGUCCUUCUUUCUGAAACUGAACACGGGGAUGAUGUCCAAUCGCAUCUGAGGCGUACCUCCUCUUUUUCCAAGGACAAAAGUGGCGUUCUUCUUUCCUUUUGGAUGUGACGGUCCUCCAUGUAGCAUGUGUACCUCCGAAGAUGUGAUUGGAGGCGACGCAGAGUCCAGCUGGGCCCUCCAGAACUCGUGACCUCUUUUAGGAGGAAUUUAAAGGGUCAGUCCACUCAAAUGACUAUUUGUUAACGCAGUGAAGCGGACCGAUUGUUCUUUCCAAGAAAAUUUGGACAUUUGA